CAACUUUUGCCGUAGUCUUCCAUAUUACGCACCUAAACAACCUUUGAAAAUAAAAGGCUGGCAAGGCCUUAGAGGGAUAAAAAGAGAAGAUUCGAAGACCAGGGUGCCACGACUUUCUGCAUGGAGACCCAAGCGAGAUCGACUGUUAGUCGAGAUCUUCGGAAGUCGUCGGUAGGUCGACCCCGCUGAAGGACGCAGUGCCGAAAAAGUGUCUCGUGUUCUACAGAUUUCGGGCUGGUGCAUUUUAAACGAAUUACCAAUAUUUUUGUGGAAAUAUUGAGUGUAAUUUCUUGAAAAGUACCUCACGAACGCUUGUCAGCCAUUGAAGAUUACACGUUUUACGACAAGUAAUAUUGAAUUGUCAAGAAGUUUCGAGAUUGUUGGUCAGUGCGUGUGUGCUUGUGUGCCCAGUUGCUUGCGCAUGACUGGUAAUGCCCCGCGGACUUAUCUCAUGAGCAAGACAAUGGCCACGCACUGAGGGUGGAGCUACCCAGUGCCCUCUCGCGUGCGUGAUCGAGUUUUGAUAAGAUCUUGCUUACUACAUCUUCACGAUCGCGCAGUAUCGCCGCACCGGUGUUGCCGUCUACAUCUCGCUGCGUCCCGAGUCCCAGGCCUUCGUGAGUAAGACGCAGAGAUGGGCACGCUCACAGCCCCGGUUCGCUACAACUCUGCGCCGUCGCGCGAUCAGCUGGGAUGUCUGCCUGAAGUAGGGCACCCGCUCAGGGCACGACACCACUCCAGGUCCUCCAUGUCCUCCUACUGCAGCGAGGUAGAAUGGCACAGGAGUGCCUCUCCCGCGGCCUCGACCCACAGCGGGCAUUCCUCGCCCUCAGAGAUCGGGGACUCUGGGGUCUGCUCGGAGCACGACACGCCCCCGCCCGUGUCGCGGUAUCCCGCCCGCUCCGCCCGCAUCGCCACACACGUCCUCGACUCCGACAGCGAAAGCAAUCUGUCCAGCGACUCCCUGCCCGAGUCCUACCGCGAGGAAGCAAAGGGAGACAGACCGAGGCAGUCCCCCAGGACUUCGGGGUCCCGUCGUGGCCGAGCGAACGCCCCUUCGGUCGGAGGCAAAGCCUCCCUGCCGGAAGCGCUGCUGGACGAGAUCCGUGAAAAGUGGCAAGAGUUGCAACAGCGUCGUGCACAGUACGGGCGGCUCGACGGGGCAGGGCCGGAGCGAGGGCACGCGGGCAGGUCCGGGAGCCAACAUCAGUGGUCUGCCGGACGUCACUCGGUGCAGCGCCGAUCCUGCCCAGCGAGCCCGUCUCUCUCGCGCGCGUCCUCCAACUUCCCGUCGUCGCUCUCACUCUUCGAGGAGGACCUCGACGCCUCCCGAGCCUCGCCAGUGUUUCUCGAAGGGGGUUGGCGACCCCUCAACGUCAGCAUGAGUCCAGGACGGCACCACGACGACGGCCACUUCCUCUACGAGUGCCGCGAUGACGCCGCAGGACAGGGCUUUGCCGGCCUCAGGGACAUAUUCUCCCCUCAGCAGGAGUCCACCAUCAAGAGCCACAAGGGCACCGUGAGGGGCGUCAAGAACCGCGUUCGGGCCGGCAUCGCGACUUUCACUUCUGACCAACGCAUUCUGAAG